CACGAACACCAUGUCGAGAGAAGAUGGUAGCGUUGACGACCUGCCAGGCGACUGGGAAGUCGAAGCCGCGAAGGACGACGUAUCAGGAGUCGACCGUGAUGCUUCUUAAGGUGUUGCAAGCACUGGAGCCAGUGGUGUACACCGGAGAAGAGGAUUGCGGUACUGAAGUAGAGGAGAGCGCUGCUGGUGAUACUACUGUGCAAGCUUGUCGGGCUAUCUGGGAAGCAAAUAGUGUCAUAGCAGAGCAGUAUAUCGCUUCUCUCCGCGAUAACAGCAGUCUACACGAUGCUAUAUCAGACAAAGUGGCAAACGCAUACGAUUCCCAGCGAGAAGUCGGUGUAUUUGCGUUGUUCUUCACCUCCACACUGAAAGAUCGCCUGCGUAAAUGGACGUGGGAUGUAUUGGUCUUUGACGGUCAUACUGCUUUACGGAUAGUGAGUACAACGCCUAUAUAGGUCUCGAAAUUGCGAUGCG